AUGGCCAAACGCUUACUACGAAAUCUCUUUAAAGCAUAUAUUAACAACAGUGUUAAAACUAAAAAUGCCAAAGUAAGAAAUAAGCCAUUUCCUAAAACUCCAAAAUCAUCUAUUUCUAGACUUCUUUUAGAUAAUAGUAAUAACAAAAUAAAAAAAAAAGAAUUGAUAAAAGCCGAAUUCAAAAAAAUGCCUAGAUGCAAGAAUUCAUAUUAUGCUGUUCGAGUCGGUCACAGACCCGGUGUUUAUAAUACUUGGGACGAAUGUAAAUUGCAAGUAAGCAAUUUUCCUAGGUGCAAAUUUAAGAAGUUUGCUAAUAUAAAAGACGCACAAGAAUUUGUUUACGGAAAUAUUGAACCAAUAUCAAAUGAUUCACCACUACCGUCAUCAUCAAUGUUAGAUACGUUCAAACCAAAAAAGAAAGAUGUGAAAAAUGUGAUGGAAUCAUCAUUGUCACCUAUUACAAAAGAUGAUGAUGAAACUUCAGAUUCCGACGUUACGAAACUCAUGGUAUGGACUGAUGGAUGUUCAUUAAAUAAUGGUCAAAGUGGAGCACGAGCUGGUAUAGGCGUAUUUUGGAGUGAUAAUAAUCCCAGAAAUCUUUCUGAAAGAUUACCUGGACCUAGACAAACAAAUAAUCGGGCGGAAAUUAUGGCUAUUAUUCGUGCAUUGGAAACAUGUCCAAACGAUAAUAUUACACUUGAAGUCAAGACUGAUAGUAAAUAUGUAAUGAAAGCUUAUCAGUCUUGGAUACCAAAUUGGGAAAAAAACGGUUGGAAGAAUUAUGCUAAAAAGGAUGUGGAAAAUAAAGAUCUAUUUACUCGUAUGAUAAGAUUAAUUAGAGCGAGACCUGGCAAUGUUUUGAUUGUUACUGAUGAUGAUUUAUUUUCACCUGAAGAAUUGGCUGAAAUUGCUAAAGAAAUUGCUCAAAAUCAAAGAAAUUAA